AUGUCUUGUGGACUGGGGCAAUCUUAUUUUGGUGCAUAUGCGAAGAGGGCCUUUUCUCAUAUUUCUAGACCAACAAUGGUUAAAAAUGAUCAUAGUGGUGUUAGAGAUGGAAAGGUCAGUGGGAAAACUUCAGCAUUCAAGCUUUUUGGAAAGCGAAGGAUGCGGGCAAAGCAACUGGCUGCUCAUAAGAAAAAUGCUGAAGGCAGGGCGCAGGUUGCGGCCUCCAAUCAGGCACUAGAACUAAAUACUUCUACGUCUACUAGUUCACCUUCCAAAGGCACUGGUAUAGUAAGUUCGAUGGAGCAGCUAGUUGAGGAUGGUGUGAACUCUGGCUUGGAAGUUGUUUCAACUUCACCUAUGGGUGAUAAUAGCAGAGUCUCUAAAGCUAAGGGGAAAAAGAAGCAGCCAUCAAGAAGCAAGAAAAGCAAAGAUCCAGGCUUUGGUGAUACAGAAAGAGUUGCUCCAGCAAAGGCAUCCAAUUCCACCAGCAAGGCGCGGUCCUCUCCAGAUGUGGAGGUUGGCAUCCCACUUUGCAAUUUCCAGAAGGAUUCAACUCAACAUGGUUCUGUUUCAGCAAAGCAGCAGACUGAAAGGGCAACUGCUAAAUCCAAUAAAAAAGGAAAAUCUAUAAAGGAAAUUAGUUCUCUACCGAAAACUCAUGCGCCACCUCAAAUAUCAUCUGACAAUGAGUUGUCAGGGAAACAAAAAUCUAGUGCAACUAGCAAAAGCAAGCACCAGGAAAAAAGUAAAUUGCAGUCACUGUACCCUCCUACCAAAAAAUCUGUCUUGGUUGUGGAAUCUGUCACAAAGGCAAAAGUUAUUCAGGGCUACCUAGGUGAAAUGUUUGAAGUUCUACCUAGCUAUGGUCAUGUGAGAGACUUGGCUGCAAGGUCCGGAUCUGUGCGGCCUGAUGAUGACUUCAGCAUGGUAUGGGAAGUUCCAUCGGCUGCCUGGACUCAUCUUAAGAGUAUCAAGGUUGCUCUUAGUGGAGCAGAAAAUCUCAUUCUUGCAUCAGACCCUGAUCGUGAAGGAGAGGCAAUUGCUUGGCACAUCAUUGAGAUGUUGAAGCAACAAGAUGCUUUAAAUGAAGACACUACUGUAGCGAGGGUCAUAUUUAAUGAAAUAACUGAGUCAUCCAUCAAAAGUGCCUUGCAAGCUCCGCGAGGCAUUGAUAUAAACUUGGUUCAUGCUUAUCUUGCACGACGAGCCCUUGAUUACCUUAUUGGAUUCAACAUUUCACCGUUGUUAUGGAGGAAAUUACCUGGUUGCCAGUCAGCCGGACGGGUGCAGUCUGCUGCUCUCUCUCUUAUAUGUGACAGGGAGAUGGAAAUUGAUGAAUUUAAACCACAGGAAUAUUGGUCAGUUGAAGUUGAUUUCAACAAAAGGGAACUGGAGGCCCAAGAUAUUGAACAGAAGAUUAAUUCAUCGAACUUUAAAGUGGUUGGAUGCAAGAGAUCCAAAAUCCGGAGAAACCCACCAGCUCCGUAUAUAACAUCAUCACUCCAGCAAGAUGCAGCCAACAAACUACAUUACCCAGCAACAUAUACAAUGAAAUUAGCACAGAAGCUGUAUGAGGGGGUUCAAUUGUCUGAUGGCAAAGCAGCAGGUCUGAUAACAUACAUCAGAACAGAUGGAUUGCACAUUUCUGAUGACGCUACAAAGGACAUUCGUUCUUUGGUUAUUGAGAGAUAUGGAGAUGGUUUUGCUGCAGAGAGUUCCCGUAAAUAUUUUAAAAAGGUUAAGAAUGCUCAAGAGGCCCAUGAGGCGGUAAGACCCACUGAUAUUCGGAGAUUACCCUCAAUGCUGGUUGGAAUACUUGAUGAAGAUUCUUUGAAGUUGUAUGCUCUUAUUUGGGCUCGUACAAUGGCAUGCCAAAUGGAACCCACAACCAUUGAUCUAAUACAACUUGAUAUUGGGAAUGCUGAUCAGUCCAUUGCUCUUCGAUCAACUUGCUCGAUUGUUGACUUUCUUGGAUAUCAAGCAGUGUUUGAAGAUUUGGAAACAAAGGAUAUAAGAUCAAAUGAAAAUGAAGGUAAUGAUAGAAAUGAAGCUUUCAUAGUUCUUAGCAAUCUGAAGUCAGGUGAUUCAUUAUGUGUUGACAAAGUGAAGCUCAAGCAGCACCAUACGCAACCUCCUCCCCGCUACUCUGAGGCCUCUUUGGUUAAAAAGCUGGAGGAGCUUGGCAUUGGACGACCUUCAACAUAUGCAUCCACGUUGAAAGUUUUACAGGACAGAAAUUAUGUGUGCGUUAAAAGCCGAAUUUUAAACCCAGAAUUUCGUGGUCGCAUGGUCUCAGCAUUUCUAUCCCACCAUUUCUCUGAGGUCACAGAUUAUAGUUUUACUGCUGAUAUGGAAACAGAGCUCGACAAUGUUUCUGCUGGAUUGACUGAAUGGAAAGGCCUACUUAAAGAUUAUUGGACAAGGUUCAGCUCGUAUUGUGACCGUGCUGCUAGUGUCCAUAUUCAUCAAGUGGAGAAGAUGUUGGAGAAGACGUUUGGGGAUUUCUUGUUUUCUUCUCUCCCUAGCAAAAGCAGGACAUGCCCAAGUUGUUCAGAAGGCACAUUGAUUUUCAAAGUUAGUAGGUUUGGUGCUGGCUGUGAUCAACAUCCAAAGUGCAAAUUGUGCAUGCAACUGAGGAUAACCCUUGAAGUUGGAAGUGUGGCCAUAGUGUUGGAAACUUAG